CCUCCGUCGACCGUCCUCCUCCGCAUCUUCCCCAUCCCAAAGAUCGCAUCUUUCCCCUUUCUAAUCCGCCGCCGCCCACCUCCCAAUUGCCGUCGCCGGCUCUCCGCGUACAUCCUCCUACCUUAUAGUAGCAGCGAUACUGUCACCCGCCAUAAAUUCACAGUAGGUAAGCAAAUUUUUUUUUUUGCGUGUAUCGCUGCUACUAUACGAUACAGGAGGUUGUUGGUCCUGAUUCCCGACUGAGAGAUCCGAAGAAUUAGAACGCAAAUCAAAUCCAGCAAACAGUUCCCGGGAAUGGAAGAAAAAUUACUGAUGUGCCAUCGCCAGCAAGAAAAGGCAGCCACCACCACCAAGGCAAUCAAGCGCAGCAGCCACAAGGCCAAGGCCGCGACUUCUGCUUCCCGCGGCAAAGCGGCGGCGGCGGAGUACGGCUGUAGCUGCUGUCUGUGCUGCGUGUCGUGCCCGCUCUCCGUGAUUUGGUGCUGCUUCAAGUUCCCCUGUGAGGUCGGGAUCAAAGCUGCGCGAUCUGCGAAGCGGCAGAUAAUGAGCAGUGGUAGUGGUGGUGGUAGUUGUUGGUCUUGCGGAAAGAAACGUUAUCCCUCUGGGCCCUACUAUUCUUCCUCCUUCUCCGAUAUCGAUUUUCCCUCGCCGUCGUCAUGAAAUUGGCCCACGAUUUUCCAAUAAGUCGAGUUUGUAGAUUUGGAUUCAAAUUUGUCAGUUACGUGUUUUACUGGUUUUGGGCGAUCAAUCAGUCUGCUCCAGGGAGCUGUCAUUGUAGUUCUGCUUGUUCUGUGGCCAAAUAAUCAAUAGGGCUUGUUAUAAAUGGCUCUAUUGGCUCAUGCUCGGGGUUCCUUGACAUUCUGCAUUGUUGUUACAAAGUAGCAGCACUUUGGUAGAGCUCAUUGAAAUCUAGGGUGUGAUGAUCUGAUUUGGGCAUUGGGGUUGGGAAGGAUGAAGCAGAGUGUGUUUGGAACUUUCAUUAGGUGGUUUGCAACUAAGCCAAAGCCGAAAAUGAAACCUAUAGAGCUGAAGGACCCACCCGAGCAAACCCAGACCAUAACGAGAGCGAUUUUCAACGUCGUGAAGGAACACGGCCCUCUCAUUGUUUCAGAAACCUGGGAAAAGAUCCAGGAAGUUGGUUUAAAAGGGUUGACAGGGAAAAGGCACAUGAAGAUAGUACUGAGAUGGAUGCGGGAGAGGCAAAAGAUUAGGCUCAUGUGCAAUCACGUCGGACCUCACAAGCAGUUCCUUUACACAACUUGGUUCACGAAAUCUCUCAUUAGGCCAGUCAGGCGGCCACCAACCAAUCCUUCACAGCCUAAGUUCCCUUGAGAAUUUCCACAAGUAAUUACAGCCAUGGAGGUUUUAGGUCCUCCAGAGCACAGUCUUUCUUUAGGAAUUGUCU